AUGGCCUCUCUCACUCCCUCCCGUGCCUUUGCGCGUGCGCUUCACCACGUCCCGAGACGAAGGAUCCCUCCACCGCAAUGCCUCUACCAACGAAGGACAGCAGCGACGUAUACCAGCCCGAAACAAGCCUCCCAGCUGUCUGUGCUGCAGACGGCAGUAGAUCAGAAUAGCAAUGGCUUUAAAGAGAACGCAAUGGCGAUGAAGGAGUACAUGGACAAGCUCGAUGCUCUACACAAGACGGCGGCCAAGGGAGGGCCUGAGAAGGCCAGGCAAAAACACGUCGAGAGAGGGAAGCUGCUGGUCCGGGAUCGCAUUACGGCUCUCAUAGACCCAGGCACCAGUUUCUUGGAGCUGAGUGCUUUGGCUGGACACGAGGUGUAUCCUGGGGAGGACGUGAACGCCGGUGGGAUUGUGACAGGCAUUGGGACAGUGGAGGGAGUAAUGUGUAUGAUCCUGGCCAACGAUAGCACUGUCAAAGGUGGAUCAUAUUACCCAAUAACAAUCAAGAAGCAUAUCCGUGCCCAGGAAAUCGCCCAACAAAACCGCCUUCCAUGCAUAUAUCUCGUCGACUCUGGUGGAGCCAACCUUCCGAAUCAAGCGAAUGUCUUCCCUGAUCGAGAUCACUUCGGUCGACUGUUCUUCAAUCAGGCCAACAUGAGUGCUGAAGGGAUCCCACAGAUCAGUGUUGUGAUGGGUUCGUGUACUGCAGGCGGUGCUUACGUCCCCAGCAUGAGCGACGAGAACAUUAUUGUACAGGAGCAAGGCACCAUCUUCCUUGCUGGCCCACCUCUUGUAAAGGCUGCUACAGGAGAGGAAGUCAGCGCUGAAGACCUGGGCGGAGGCAAACUGCACUCUGAAGUCUCAGGCGUAACAGAUUACCUCGCCGUUGACGACGCUCACGCACUGGUUCUGGCACGAAGAUGCAUAUCAAACUUGAACUUCCCCACAGCUGCCAACCCCUCCAGGAAACAGGACUGGCAGGAGCCUCUUUACAACGCAGAGGAACUCGGUGGCAUCGUUGGGACGAAUCUUAAGCAAAGCAUCAACAUGCACGAGGUCAUUGCCCGAAUUGUUGAUGGCAGCGAGUUUUCUGAAUUCAAACCCAGCUACGGCACGACUCUUUUGACUGGCUUUGCAACGAUUUACGGGCAUCCAGUGGGCAUCAUCGCCAAUAACGGCAUCCUCUUCAGCGAAAGCAGUCUGAAAGGCGCACACUUCAUUCAACUCUGCUGUCAACGGAACAUUCCCCUAAUCUUCCUCCAGAACAUCUCUGGCUUUAUGGUCGGCCAAGACGCCGAAAAGGGCGGCAUCGCGAAGAACGGAGCCAAGCUUGUCACAGCCGUCGCAUGUGCCAGCGUACCCAAAUUCACCGUUCUCGUAGGCUCCUCUGCAGGCGCAGGCAACUACGGCAUGUGCGGAAGAGCGUACAGCCCCAGAUUCCUCUGGAGUUGGCCGUCUGCCAAGACAAGUGUCAUGGGCGCCGAGCAGCUGUCUAGUGUCAUGGAAGCAGUCGGCAGAAAGGUCGAUCCUGAAUUGAAGGCACGCAUUGAGAGGGAGAGCGAGGUCACGUUUGGCACAGCAAGGCUAUGGGAUGAUGGAGUCAUUCCCCCGUCGCAUACGAGACGGGUGCUCGGCAUGGGGUUGCAAGCUGCUUUGACUGGUAGUGUCGAGCCUAAGGAGACCAAGUUUGGUGUCUUCAGGAUGUAG